UUAUAUAUAAAUUUAUAUAAAAGUUUAAAUCUUAGUUUAGAUUAUUUAGUUCUCAGAAUUGUUGACUGAUCCAAUGACGCGGAACUGCAAGGUGGGGAACGUGCUUCACCUGAGGGUCACAACCUUGUUUCAUCUAAGCAGGUGAAAGUCUAUCCGCCUACAUUCACCGUAACUCAAAAGAAGAAACAAAAAAAAAAAUUCCGUAUCGCAACUUUUAUUUAAGAACAUUUUAUAUCGAUUUUUCUUGCAACGUCACUUUAAUAUGUAAAUGCUAACCUUGACACGUCUCUGUUUGAUAUCCUGUUGUUUAAGAAUGGACUAUAAUGAAUGGAAAAUUGUGUGUACUGAUAAGAAAAGUUGUAUGAAUUUUUAAAUUUUUUUUUUAAGUUUCAGAUAAGUUAGUUAUCAGUUUGAAGGGAACAGUUAGAUUUUCUUCACGUAAAAAGAGUUAAAUCAACGUUGAUAACCGAAAUAAGGAUGUUUUGUGUUUUCUUAAUUAAUGGAAAGUUUUAUUUUAUUACAUCCUCAUAGCAAAAUAUAUAAAUAUAUACGUACACAUAUUCCAUGUGUAUCGAUAUAGAUGAGUAAUCCAAUAGAGCUGGCGGAUAUUACAGCUACCGUUUUGAAAGUUAACUCCGCCUAUUUCAUACUCAUUCGUCCAAUGAGAGAAGAGAUGAUACGAAAGUUGCGAUUCCGCCUUUAUCAGUCACGUGACAAACUCCCUCACUAGAUGUAUCCAAACACCGUCUAAAGCGGAGAUACUAGUUUUUUUUAAUCCAGGCCGAAACAAUCCGCGAUAAAAUAUGGCUAUGAAUUCCAAUGAUGGAUCUUUUAGUCCAGGUGACUAAAGCAAAUAAAAUAAGUCCUGGUGGUCAUUUUAUUAGUCUUUCUCCAAAUAAUAAAGACAAUUUACAUUAUAAACCCAACACUCCCAUUGGAUCCCUUGAUACUAAUACUAUUUACAUCAUGUCCAAAAGUGCCAUGAAUGAUCAACCUGCUGCAAAGAUGUUGCGUUCCCAAUCACAACCUUUUGAGAAAACUUUUAGACUGCAAGUUAAUCUUCCUAAGAAGCAGUUAAUGGUUGUAAGGGUUAGUCCAAAAACAACAUUAGCUGAAAUAAAAAAGAUGAUCUGUACAGAAAAGAAAUUAGAGUAUUCACAGUAUUAUCUAGUUCAUCCAAGUCAGCCAAGUUAUCUUAUAGAUCUUAAUUAUUCUUUAUCUGAAUAUGGUUGCACUGAAGUUUCUUUAGUUAAUAAAUCAACUAUGAAUUCCACCAUUUCUAACUCAACUUCUGAUUUAAUUGGUUAUCCUAUUUCUAUGACUGAAGAUGAAAAAAAGAAAAAGAAAUUGCUUAAUAUUUUCAAAAGAAAAAGCAAGAGUGUAAAUAAUAUGAUGCUGGCAGGAGAAGCUUUUAAGGACACAGCAAGAAGCAGAGGAGUUUCUCCAGCAAGGAGCGAUAUAUGUGAUACUCAUUCUCUUCGAACAAAAAGGCAAAGUACAAAGAAGAGAGCUCCUCCUCCACCACCACUACCACCACCUCCACCUCCAGUGCAGCCUCAGCCUGAGGUUACAGCAGAAGCAGAAAUAUCUACUAAAACAAAUUCUUCUUCAUCAGAACCAGUGUCUACUACUGUUGGAUCCACUACUAUCAUUACCACUAUGGUGUCACAUUCGAGACAAAGUUCAGAUUCCAGUGGUUAUCAUGAAGCAUCUGUUCUUAGUGAUUCUCCAGAUAAUUUGUCUCCUGAGACUUCUAGUGGAAGUGGAAGUAGUGGAAUUCACAGUACAGACAAUACAGAACAAGAAAAUCAAAAAGUUGCAGUUUCAAAAAGUAAUUCUAGGUUGAAGACACGUGAAAAACCUAAUUUCAGUUCAGUUGCUCAUUCUGUGUUAAUUCUUAACGCUAAUAAAAAAAGAAAAGCUCCGCCUCCACCUCCACCUCCUCAACCAAAUGUUAAUAAGGAAACUAUGAAGUCUAAUACAGAAAUUAAUGCUAUUUCUUCAGAGAAAGAUAUUACACCAGUUUCAAAUGAUGAAAACGAUUUGCCUUCCAAAACAGUUACAGAAGUUAAACCUGUUACAAUAGAAAUUGUGAAUGAUUCUUCAAACAAAGAUGCCACUUCAGUUCAAAAAGGUCCAGAUCCAGAUUCUUGUAUAUCACCAAUUAAGAAUGGAGUUGAUUCUAUUCUCUCCGAACAAGGAGAUGCUUCUCCACUUUCUUCUCCCACAAAUUCUUCUCCUUCACAUAAUGAUAGCUUGAAUGAACCAGAAACACCUGAUUCUAACACUAAAAAUCAUCGCCAUACUGAAGAAGAAACUGGUGAAGUAAUUCAUUUUCUGGAGAAAGGUGAAAUAUCUUCAAAAUCUUCUAUUAUUCAAGAACUUAUAUCUGAUUUCAUACCACCACCAUUAGAAUUUUCAACUCCUAGUACUCCAACUGAAUAUGUUAAUACUAAUGAGAAGAAACCAGAGCCCAUUCCUCGUACUAACGUUAAUCGUGAUGAUUCUUUCAAGACAAAAACUUUUCCUACUCCUCAUCCCCGACUAACCCUUCAAAAUUCCUCCACUGAAUCAAAUAAAUCAUGCAGAAGAUCACUUAAUUUCUCUGAUCAACCAUCUGACCAGAAAACCAUUGAGAAAGAUAAAACUGCAAUACAUUUGCAUGACACACACACAGUUGAAGACAAAGUAUCUAAUGAAGAUACUAAAACAACUAUAAAUUGCUCAGAUGAAAUGUCAAUUAAUCCAAUAAGAAAAGAUGAUGACGAUGAUAAAGAAUUGAUUCCAAAUUCCUUAGAAACAAACGAAGAAGCAGUUGAAAUUAGUGAUCCUGAAUGGGACUUCAGUAUACCAGAACCUCCAUCACCUUUCCGAAACAAUAGAGAUAAUUCAAAUAGUUUAGAAUCUGAAUUAUUUAAAAAAGAUGAAGUGCAUUUGUUUCCAGAAAAUAAUGAUAUAGAAAAUAUCAUUGAUUAUAAUGCAUUAAAGGAAAUAACUGAAACACCAAGAGCAGAAAAUUCUGAUUGUUUACAGGAUAAAGCAGAUGAUGAUUUAAUAGAUAAUUAUCCACCAUCUCUCCCUGAAACAAUGCCUCCAAGAGAUAAAUGUUUUAGGGUUGGCUCUAUGAGCAGUGAUAUUCCUCCUCCUCUUCCAAUAAGUGAUCCACCAGAAUCAGCAAGAGAAAAAUCUUAUAGUUUUUGUAGCACAAGUAGUGAAGUUUCAUUUCCUGAAUUUGAUCCUUCUCAAAGAGAACAUGAUACAAAUUCUGCUUAUAAAGAAUUUAAAACUGUGUCAAAAAAUGAAACAGAUGAUAUAAAAAAAGUGGAUGAUGAUAAAUUUGUUGGAAUUAGCAGAAUUGAUAUUACAAAUCAAGAAUCUAUAUCUACUCAGACAUAUAUUGUAGUACCUCAACCUAAACGAAGACCUCAUUUAGAAAAUUUUACAAUUGGUUCAUAUAAAAAUGAAAAAACUAAUUCUGGUGUGACUGAUUCAUCCUUUUCUGCAUCUUUGACAGAUACUGAUAAAUCAUCAAAUCUGAUUAAAACAAAUUCAUUUCCUAAAGAUAAUGAUAAAGAAUCUAAUAAGGUUAAUAAGCCAACUUAUAAUUUUACAAUUAUGCCAUUCAAAUCUAGAAACAGUUAUAAUGAAAACAAAGUGGACCAAAAUAAAGAUUCAGAUGAAUUACUUCAAGAAGAAAAAGUGGAAGAGGUAAGAAAUAAAAAUCAAAUGCCAUUUAAAUCAACAGGAAGAGAAGAAGAAACAAAAAUAGAACAACGUCAGCUAGAAGAAGAAUAUCAAAAGUUACAAAACCAAUUAUUGGUUUGGCAGCAACAGUUGGUAAAAAAUCAAACCCUGUUGCAAGAAAAGCAGAUUGUUCCAGAAAUGUCAGUACCUGAUCUUUCUCCUCUUUGUAGUCAGCUCAAAGUGGAAGAAAAAUCUAGUGUGGCACAAAGAUCACGAACACUUCCAAGGCCAAAGCCAAAUGUGAAUAAAGAACUGGUAGAACAGACUCAUUCUUCUACUGUUGAAUAUUAUUCACAACCUAAAUCACAGAUUCUUAAAAAUGUCACAAUUGGAUCUUGGGAAAGGAAGCCUGAGAUCACAGUAGGAACAGUUGCAGAAGUAAAGCCAAAAUUUCAAAAUGCAAACAAAUCUCAGGUAAAUAAUAGUGUAGUAGAUAAAUGCAAAAAAUCUAGUGUGUUACUGGAAGAUAAUGAAAAAAAUAAAAUUUCACAAAUUUCUGCAAAAUUUGAUAUUAAGUCAAAUAAAAAAACUGCAGUGGCAAACAACAUGCCUGAAAAUCUAGAAGAUGCUCCUCCAGCAGUAAUACUUGCUCAAAUAAGAAAAGAAAUGAAAGCAAAUGCAAAAUACCCUGCCGGAACUGUUAUAAAUUCGGAAUCCAAGAAAGGAACUUCUGUAUCAAAAACUUAUAUAAGACCUAAAUCCCAAAUCAUUUAUUCUCAUUACAAUUCUGCCUCAGAUGAUAGAAUUUCAGAUUUAACCAAAUCAUCAUCACAGGAUCCCAUCAAAGUAAAUGGGAAUAUAAAUACACCUGUUGUAGUAGCAACAAUUAAAAGCAAACCAGCUUUAGAUAAAGAUGUUGUUAAUGGUGAUAAAAACACUGUUUCACUGCCAGUGUCAUCUAGUGUAUCUAUUCCUCCACCACCACUACCUCCAGUUGUGCCAAUAAACAAAAACAGUUCUAAGUUUCAGUCUACAUCACAUCUUUUGAAAGUGAGUAAAACUGAACCAUUAUCUGAUCCAAGAGAGGAACUUAUGAUUGAAAUUCGCAAUUUUGGAGGAAGAAAAGCAUUGAGGAAGGUUCCUCUUAAUCAGGCUGGUUGGCAUUUAAAAGUUUUUGGAACCUUAUCGUCAUCAUCAGUAUAACUUUCAUCAUAGAGUGCCUUAUCAAUAAGAAAAGUAUUUUUCAAUAUAUAUUGCAAAAAUUUAAGAUGUGACUGCAUCAUCAUAAUCUUAACAAAUUAUAUUUUUUUUCAACAGUAAAAUUUUUGUUUUAAUGUAACAAUCAAGAUGAUUUCAUUUUAUUUUAUUUUUCAACAGUGUGCUAGCUUUGAAUAAUAGAAAUAUAUAUAAAGAUGCCAUAUUUGUUAUACCAUUAUCAGCUUUGUGAAUGAAACAUAAAUUUGUAUAUAUGUACUAUGUAAUUAUUUUCAUAUGUUCUAGAUCCUAAAAAAUGGAAUAUAAAAUUAUUGCAAGAUAGCAUUGAUAUAAAAAGA